GCACACGUCUGUGUGAGGAAAUCUCCUAGGAUGUGGAACUAACUGUCUAGUCUGGACAUUAGUCAUUUGUUUGUUGUGUCCAUGGCAUAUAUGCUGCACUCCUGUCACUCACCAACCAGAGCCGUUACAGGGUCGAGUUAGUGUCCCCAGGUUCAGGAAUACACUGGAGGUCUUGUACUGUACCCUGGGAACACAGCGGGAGCCCUGCAUCUGUGACUCACCUGCAGGCCCACUUCUCAUUGCCCACCUCCGUGUCUUUCAGCCUGGCUGCCCCACCUCGGUCUCCACCAUGAACGGGCCCACUCUGCAGCCUUCCUCGACCUCCUCCACGCCCUUGGCCUCCUCCGCCUCCCUGCCUGCAGCGGCGACCCCGUCCCCCCGGGGCUGGAGCGAGUUCUGCGAGCUGCACGCGGUGGCCGCCGCCCGCGAACUGGCCCGCCAGUACUGGCUCUUCGCCCGCGAGCACCCACACCAGGCGCCGCUGCGCGCCGAGCUCGUGUCGCUGCAGUUCACCGACCUCUUCCAGCGAUACUUCUGCCGCGAGGUGCGCGAGGCCCGGGCUGGCGCACGUUGGCAGCGCGGGAGGCUGGCGCUGCGCCGCGCCGAGGGCCCCAACGGCGGCCCCGACCGCGUGCUGGAGCUCUUCGACCCGCCCAAGAGUUCAAAGCCCAAGCUCCAAACAGCCUGCUCCAGCAUCCAGGAGGUCCGGCGAUGCACACGCCUUGAGAUGCCAGACAACCUCUACACCUUUGUGCUGCGGGUGAAGGACCGGACAGACAUCAUCUUUGAGGUGGGAGACGAGCAACAGCUGAACUCGUGGAUGGCUGAGCUCUGGGAGAGCGCAGGCCGAGGGCUGGAGAGCACAGAUGCAGAAUUGCACAUUCCCACUGUCCCAGAGCGCAGCGCGUCCAGCUCCCGGAGGGGAAGCAGAGAUUCCUUAAGCCAAGGUGCUUCUCCCGGGGGACUGCUGGACCCAGUCUGCCAGAAAACAGAUCACUUCCUGUCCUGCUACCCCUGGUUCCAUGGCCCCAUCUCCAGAGUGCAGGCGGCCCAGCUGGUGCAGCGGCAGGGUCCUGAUGCCCACGGCGUGUUCCUGGUGCGGCAGAGCGAGUCGCGGCGUGGGGAGUAUGUGCUCACAUUCAACUUCCAGGGCAGAGCCAAGCACCUGCGCCUGUCCCUCACGGAGCGAGGCCAGUGCCGAGUGCAGCACCUGCACUUUCCCUCAGUGGUGGACAUGCUGCAUCAUUUCCAGCGCUCACCUAUCCCACUGGAAUGUGGUGCUGCCUGCGACGUCCGGCUGUCCAGCUACGUGGUAGUCGUCUCCCAGCCACCAGGUUCCAGCAACAUUGUCCUCUUCCCUUUCUCCCUCCCUUGCUGGGACUCAGAGCUGGGCCUUCCCCACCUCAGCUCUUCUGGUUGUCCCAGGGGGUCUGGCCCAGAGAGUCUCCCAGGCCGAUCGUCACCCCCAGAACAGAUCUUCCACCUGGUGCCUUCACCCGAGGAACUGGCCAACAGCCUGCGACACCUGGAGCAGGAGCCUGUGAGUCGAGCUCGGGACUCAGAUUACGAGAUGGACUCAUCCUCGCGGAGCCACCUGCGGGCCAUAGACAACCAGUACACACUUCUCUGAUGGACAGCAAGGGAUCCAGGCCUCCGCAGCUGCCCCAGGAGCACAAGCAGAAAUGUGGCCUUGUGAAUGUAAUGAUCUUUCCUUCCUUCCAGAGAGAGAUUUAAGGGACACUGUCAACUGCUCUUUCCAGUUUGGACGUGACCCUUCUAUUAGGCCUGUUAAAGGGCCUCCAUGUGAGUUCCGUCCAUCACCUGGCUUACUUAUUGUUUACAGGUGUAGUUCUUGUCCACAGAUGCUGCUAGCUCUUGCCCUGGGUCCCUGAGACCAGGCCCGUCACUCAGAGGAGCUGGGGUAAGGGCUGGAGCUGGCAGUGGAACCUUGUUCCUUUUCACUGACACUGUCAGAGCUGACAGACUUUCUACUGGGGGGGGGGGUUGUCACCAGGAAGCCCAAAACACUAACAAGCCCUGGAUUUUCACAUUGUAAAAGCAGUCCCGUGGCAGGUCCACGCCACAGGUGACCACUCCUACUCCUGCUUCUACUCUCAGCUUUAGGACAAAAGCUCUGUCAGAGAGACAAGCUAAAAGUCAAAAACGAUUUUAAACAUUUUACCUCAGAUUUUGUUAAAGGAUUCAGGUUUCAAAACUAAACCAUUGCUUACUUCAUUGCACUGUUUCAACUAGCACCCAGGCUGUUUCUGCAGUCAGGGACAGCUAUGCAAGCCCUGCUUGACGUGCUCGUGUUUGGAGCCAGCCUGGUGUCCUCAGGACAGCUGCUGAGUAGCUACUGUCCUUCCUAAAUGUACAGAGGGCAGUGUGUCACCCUUUCAGGGAAGUUCAGGCCAUUCCUGAAGUAGGGUGGCAGGAAAUUCUACCCUGGUGCCUUAUAAAUAAACUGGAUUCCGGUUUACAGCAGCUUCACAGAGACUUCAGUUAACGGGGGGUAGGGUGUUUGGGGGAGGGACAGGCAAGAAGGGCUCCUGGACCCUUUGUAGUGAAUCUUCAACCAAAAGGCUAGCUCAGAGGCCCCCAGUGACUUACUAAAUUAUCCCCUAAAUAGGCUUUAGGCUCCCUUUUUGAGCCAAAAUGGAAGCUAGGAAUCUGGUGCCAUAGCUCAUAGCCAGCAUUCUGUCCCAGCACACUUGGGCACAGUCUGUCAGGGAGGUCAGACCUCCAUCUGUACUUGCCCUUCACAAGUGAAACAAUUCAUAUGGGAGGGGCUCUGUCCAGAACCUUCCACAUGUAGGCUCAUAAACAGAGGGGGCAGUGACAGUGCUGUCAGCUGCUCCUGCAUGCUAGCAGACCAUUCAGUACAGCCACUAGGCUUACCACAGAGGCUUCCAGGAAACAGAGGAGUUUAGCACAGCUUAACAUUCCCAGCUUCAGAAGUGACAUGAAACCUCGGCCCCAAACAAACAGUACUGCCUUCCUUAUCUGGUGGAAAGGGUUGGUCUGUUCCUGCUAGUUACUCCAAGAGAUGAAACUUUCACUUCUGGGGAUUCUUAGGGGGCUGGAGAAGCAGCCACCUCUGUACCACUCUGAAAACUCUCCUGGUGUGUUCAUGGAUCAUACAGUAGAGCUGUGGUCCAUUUUUCUUGUUUAUAAAUAUUUGGGAUUGAACCCAGGGGCUCUUUAUCAUGGAGCUACAUUCCUGGCCCUUGUCAAUUUUUAUUUUGAGAAAGGGCCCCACUAAGUUGCUGAGGCUGGUCUUGGAUUUGCAAUCCUCCUGCCUUAGCCUUCCAAGUUACUGGGAUCACAGGCUAAGCACCACCACACACAGCCCAUGGUCCAUUUUUAAGGAUGUUGGUCUUUAUUUUCUAUAAGCAGGCUUAUCUUGAAGAAAAAAAGCUAAGUACGCACUGAAGAAGUAAGCAACAUUCUGGAAUUUCUUUUCUAACAGAAAGGCAAUUCUGAUUGGUCACUGAUCCAGAUUUUCUCCUAUGUGCAUAGGAAAGGGAACAGGUGGAUAGUGAACCAAGUGAAUGCCCUCCUUCCAGGCAUAAAUUCAAACAUCUUCCAACUAGAGGCAUUCACUUUUCAGCAGUUGCUCAAUAUACACAUCUCAAGUAGUGCCACAAGGCACACCAGGUACUGCAAACUUAACAGGUCUAAACUACAGGUUGCCAAAAUUUUGUGAUAGACUAUUGGAAGUCCCCAGAAUACUACCUGUGUCAAGGUUACCAGGAUUGCUCACAUACAUUCUGACAAAAAGUCCCUUCAUGGCCCUGGAAAAAGUGACACUAAGUUGAUACCUUUCUGCUAAAGCAGAGGAACAGUUUGUCCCCAGGGUAGAUACUCUCACCAGUGAGGGGCAGGCACCCUGCUGGCUGCAGCUAGUCUACCACAGUCCACAUUUCCCUUCUGCCAAUCCUCACUGGCAAGGUGAGGCCGUGCCAGCAACUAAGAGCAAGGCUCUGAGCACCAAACUGGACACUAAGUGGCAGGAUUUGUCCAGUUAGCCCUACGUAUGGACCAUAAGUAUCACUCAACAGCUCCCAACACCACCACUUCCUUCUGACUACUGAAUUUUUACAAACUAACAGUCACCAGCACCAAAGAAUUAAGUCAACUAACCUGCCUUGAAUUUUAGACCAGCAAUCCAUAUGGCUUUAUCUGGUAUAAAUCUUCUGCCUUUGAUCAUUUCUGGACCGUGUAGGAAAAAGGAAUAGCAAUCAUUAAAAUCUUGGGCCAGAGAACACUAUUUUUACAUAACAGUUUCUUAACUUAAAUCAAGGCCUUGAACUUUCUUCCCUGAGAGUUGCCUGAGAUUCCUUCAUGCUUUUUAUUCAGGGCUAAGUCUAUUGCAAAUGUCAUAUUAGCACUAACAUCUUCAAAGUAUAUUAUCCACUGCCUUUUAACAAGAACACACAUCAGACAUCCAGAGUUUGGUUGGAAUAAGCAGCACAUAGUGAAAACACAGAGUGGAUUCAUCUUGUAUCGUUAUAAGCAGAAGGAAUUUGGAAAAUCUUUAUGUAUUGUUUAUGUACUGUACAAGUAACUUAUUCUUGAAUAAUGCAAAUUUUGCUAUAAUGUACAAGUUGCUAUAUGUGAAUUAAAAAUUUUUCAGAAUCUUCA